AUGAACCUACAAAAUAUCCUCCACCUAGACUUAUCCAAAAAAAUACAUCGAACCAGAACCCUGCCCUGUGGCGCGUAUUGGCCACCGGUCCCUUUCGGAACCGCUUUUGAAACGUUGAUUCCAAAGAAUUCUCAAAACCCAGAACCCAGAAUCAAGAAGAUGUUACUCCAACCCAUCACCACCUCAAAGACUCCUCUUCACCACCACAGCCACCACCAUGUUUCUCUCUCUUACUCCCUCUCAUUCCGUUCUGGGUUAUCCAGUUCUUCACUUAUUAGGCCCAUCACAAGCCAAAGAAAUCCGGGUAUUACAUGUUCUAUAUCACAGGCUUAUAGCUAUGGAACACUUGAUUAUGAGAGGAGGCCAGUAAUGAAAUGGAACACUGUGUACAAGAGAAUAUCUAUGAUGCAGAACCUAGAAAUGGGUCCGGCGGGUGUGUUGAAUCAGUGUGAGAAUGAGGGCAAGAAGUUAACGAAAUGGGAGCUUUCUAGGGUUGUUAAGGAGUUGAGGAAGUUCAGGCGUUUCAAGCUUGCUCUUGAGGUAUAUACAUAA